AUGUAAUUUUCAGCAGAUCCACAAUAUUAUGAAAUGUCCAAAUAUCCCAAUAACCUGGGUUAAUAAACGAUUAAUCCUGUGAUGAAUCCUAGUGUUCCUUAAGCUAAUCUGUCUCCUCAGGUCAAUAUUUCAAGUGAGAAUGAUCCUGCUAGUCCAGAAUAGACUAGACAAGCAUUCCUCGUUAAAUACUAUGUAAAGCAAAUCAUACAACUUGCUGGGAUCAUUUUAAUCUAUGGAAUCAAUUAAAUUAAUGCUUUUUCCUCAAUAUAUUUAACUGAAGUAGAUAGAGAAUGGUGGGGAUCAAAAUAUACAUAUGAGAGUUUCAGUCAAAACUAUCAUCGUGGUGCCACACGAAGGGAAUUUGAAGAUUGGAUGGAAGAGAGAAGAAGAGAUUACAUGGACUAUAAAUUCAAUUGGGUUUAUUACUUUAUAUUGUCUCUUACCUUAUGCUUCACUGUAUUCCUUGCCUUUGCUAGAAAUUCCAAGUCUUUUGCUCGGAAUUAAAAUACAUUCUUCAUGAUUCAAACAGUCUUCUUAGGAAUUGUCUUGGGAGGAUUGUCUAGUGUCCAUUAGUAAAACUGGCUAUACCAUAAUACAAUAAUAUACAUUCUCUUGACAUUGUUUGGGUUAAUGGCUAAUAGUAUCUUUAAUUUAGUAUUGAUCAAACUUAAUAAAUUGUAAAUUUAUGGAAAAUUGCCCAAAACAUUUACUUAUCUAUUUUUUGGAUUGAACUUUUUGAUGGGAUUCAGAGAAUAUCAAAUGGUCGAGGCCUUACCAAUAGUCGAAUUUAUUACAAUCUACUGCUUUUUUUAUUUUGAUCAAUUAAAUAAAUCCCUUUUGGUGUAACCCUCAGAACUCCCACCAACAACAAAUAUUGUUGAUCUCCUUAGAAACAUUAAAACUGAACUGGAAGGCAAUCAAUUUCAGUCCAAUUAACAUUUUAUUGUGAUAAAUAAGAAGGUAUUAACAAUAGUUUCUAUUGGGGUUGGGCUAAUUCUUCUUGAAGUGUUCGGCUUCUUGAUGGGCACCUUUAUAUUCAUAGUAGUUUCAAUUUUAUCUGUGCUCACAGGGCUUAGUUUUGCUGUUCCUACUUAAGUGGCUCAAUAAACUUUGACAACAGAAGAUUCAAGCAUAGCCGUUAUGAUGACUUAUCUAGAUCUCUUAUGUCCAAUCCAAAAUAUAAUAAGAAGCAUUAAAAUAUGA